UAGAGAUUAAUUCUCCUCAAAACCGAGUUCUUGACUUUGACCCGUUAUUACCAAAACAAAAAAGUUCUGAUCUCCUUUCCCGGCGAAGAGAUGGAUCGGUCUACUCCGGAACAUAACACCUCUUCUUCCCACAAGCGUCUAAGCGUGAGCUUUCUCGUGUCUCUAAUGGUUCUCUGCGCCAGACAUGCAAACCGCCUCUCCAAGAAGCUCAAGCCGAAGAAGCGAACUCACAACGAAACUUCCCGUGGCCGAUGGAAUACGAUGAGAUCUCCACGGCCGAAAGAGUUUCUUAUGAAUUUGACUAACACAUGUUACAGCGGAGGAUAUAAGCCGGAGAAGAAGAGAGCGGCGGCGGCGAUGGAGGAGGAGGAAGAGCAUGGCCUUUGGCAGAGAGAGAUUUUAAUGGGCGGUAAAUGUGAGCCGUUGGAUUUCUCCGGAGUUAUUUAUUACGACUGUAACGGACAGCAGUUAAGAGAUGCACCUCCGAGGUCUCCACGUCGCACUCCGUUACCCAUCCGUUCUUAAGACAGAUCGCCGUUAAACCUGAUUGGAACUAAAGGAUUCUGAAGCAGCAACCAGACCAUGUAUAUGUUUGUGAUGCUUUUAUUUCUAUGUUGGUUUGUUACAACGUUUAGAUUUGGAUACUCCACUAUAAAGUUUCAGGGUCCAAAUUAAGUCCAUACCAUCAUGCCAUGUGUCUUGGUAUAAAAGUCGCAACUGUUAUCUUAUGAACGAUGGUGUUUUAGCCAACUUUUGAUGAUAGCAUAGAGCCAAUAACGGAAUAACA